UCCACUUUCUUAAGGGGGGCUCUCUACGCCAAGCGCCAAGCGCCCACUUUUAUCUUGUUGGUUGCUAUGAGGGCAAGGCAUGAUCGAGAUUAGUGAAGCUAAAGCUUGAUUAUUUAAGGCUAAUUCCUAAUGGGAUCCACGGAAUUAGGCGCUAAUUCUGAUGACUACUCCUUGUCCUAUGAUAAGCUUCAUCACUUCCUGUCUCGCCUUGAGGAAGAGCGCCUCAAAAUUGAUGUCUUCAAACGGGAGCUUCCACUUUGCAUGCAGCUUUUAACCAACGCCGUGGAGACGUCGAGGAGACAGCUACAAGCCUGCAAGACGACAGGAUCGGCGGCGGUGGCGGCGCCAGUGUUGGAAGAAUUCAUGCCGCUGAAAAACGCAACGGCGGCGGAGGAUGAAAAGCCGGAGACAGUGAUGUCCGAUAAGGCAAAUUGGAUGACGUCAGUUCAGCUUUGGAGUCAAGCAGGCGACGUAAGCAAACAUCAAUCUACGCUAAAUAAUAAUGCAUCUACUGAUCACUCCAAAUUGGAAGAUUGUGAUAAUAAUAAUAAUAAUAAUAAUUCAGUCAACUGUAUCCAAAGAAGAAUUAAUCAUGGAGCUUUUGUUCCGUUCAACAAAGAUCGGAGCUCCGGCGAGAAAGGGGCGGCGGCGAAAAUGGAGUUAUUGGAGAAAGGUGAAAAGAAUAAUAAUAAAAAUGAAAACAAGAUUAUUGAUGGUGGGGUGGUAAUGGCGGUGGAGCAAAGGUUUGAAAAUGGAGCGGCGGAGGUGGGAUUAGCUCCGACGACGAGUUCAACUACGACACAGACUCACCGGAAGGCUAGGCGGUGCUGGUCGCCGGAAUUGCACCGGAGAUUUGUCAAUGCACUUCAGAUGCUUGGUGGUUCUCAAGCUGCCACACCAAAGCAGAUAAGGGAGCUGAUGAAAGUAGAAGGUUUGACGAACGAUGAAGUAAAAAGCCAUCUCCAGAAAUACAGACUCCACACUAGACGACCCGGUCCAACCUUACAAGCAUCUGGACCGCCAGCGGCUCAGCUCGUAGUUCUUGGUCUAGGCGGGUUGUGGGUCCCACCGGAGUACGCGGCUGCGGCAGGCGCAGCAACGCCGUCUGCCCUGUAUGGACCACCGCCCUCGUCCCAUCAGCCUUCCCACUUCUACACGCCGCAUCUGCAUCACGCAUCACUGCAGCAUCAUCACCAGGUGCAGUUAUACACAGGAGCACCACCGCAGGUAACCCAAAGCUCGCCGGAAUCGGAGGUGAGGAACACCGCAGAGCGGUCAGAGAGCUUCGAGGAGGAGAAAUCAGGGAGCAGUAGCUGGAGAAUUGAGGGCGGCGAAAAUGGCGAUGAGAGGAUGAAAGGGAGAGGAUCGGAGGAGGGUGAAGAGAGUAACAGAAGUGAAAUUACUCUGAAAUUCUGAAAUUUUAAUUUUCAUUAUACCAUAAUUAGUGUUUGAUUACAAUAUUUUUUA